AGCUCUUGGGGAGCCCGACAGGCAGUCCUCUGCACUCUGGAGGGGCACCUGGGACGCCCGAGCCCCCCCCCCCCCAGAUUGUGGAGGUGGGGCCUAAUUGCGAAGUUGGUUCUGCUGCCACAGGGUGGUGGGCCCAGAGGACUUGGGGGGUUGCCGCCUGCCGGACCCAGACCUGGGCCUGGGUGGGAAAAGCCGCCCGCUGACGGGGUGUGCGAGGCUCCGUCCUUGGGGUGUGGCGGGUGCUGUGAGGUGGGGAACCCCCUUCUGAAGGAGCCUCUCCACCCCACGCCCGCCCACACUCCGGAGCCAGGCCUCUGGGCAGCUUUGAGGGACUGUCCUGGAUCUGGAACCCACCGCGCCCCGGCCCCCUUGGUAUGCGUCCUCCGUAUCCGGGACAUCUCUUGUCCCACUCUGGCCACACUCGGCUUUACUACCCUGCUUCCCAGGUCAGAAGGUUCAGAUGCAGGACCCUGGGACGUGCUGGUCGCCGAGCAGAUGCUCUCCAGCCCCAGGCACCUGGGAAGGGUGUGGUAAGGGCAGAUCCCGGGGCUCAGUCCUGCUGCUGCCUAGAUUUCCUGCCUGCCCAUGCCAAGGGGGGCUUCCAUCCCCACCCCCGCCCAGGGAGGGCUCCUCCCAGGGCUUGCCCAGGGUGCUGUUUAGAUGACCUUGGUCUCAGCGCUGUGUGGCGUGGGCCUUCAGCUUACCGAAAUUCAGUCGGGCCGAGUAAACCACAGGUCCUUGGUCCCACCAGCCCCAUCUCCGGUGUUUGCUGCCUGUGCGAUGGGCGGCCUGUCCCGGCCAGUGCGGUUUCCUCCCUGCUGAGCGCCCUGGGACUUCACAUCUUUGGGACAUGCCUGGACCGGGAGCCGUGCAGGGUGCCGCCCUGGAAACGCAGAGAGUCCUGCCUUGUGUAGGCCCCCCCCAACCCUCAUGUUCCCCCAUCAGCCGGGGUCACCCGAGGCCCUCCCCACUAGCAGAAAGGGUUUCAUUGUGACCCCAAGACCUGCUGGCAGGUCGUAACCCUGAGAAGGGCCCGGAGAAGGUUGUGAGAUUUUUCUUGAGGAACAAUGUCUGCUGCUUAUGGCUGCGGGGCCGACGCCCACCAGCCUCCGUCUUGCCGGACACGAUGAAUCUCAGGCUGGUCUGGACCUGCUUUGGGGGAGAUCCAGCCCCAGGACGGCUGGGGCAGGUUGGGGAGCCAGCAGGGGUCGGCCGGCCCAGCCCCCUCCUCUGACCUGGACUGGGCAGGUCUGAGAGGAGCUUUGAUCCCCCCGCCCUUCCAUCCCCAGCCCAGGGCCUAGAGGGAGGAGGGGCUCCAAUUACAGAGGCCCCUCCCCUCCCCUUCCCUCCCCUCCCCCGCUGAGCCGGCCCUUCUCUGGCCCUUCUCCGCCCCUCCGUGACCCUCGUGGCCAGUGUCUUCCGUGCUCCCGGGCCUCGGCCCCUCCCCAGCCCUCCUCCCCUCCCCACCCCCUGCCCUGUGCUGACCACAGAGGGGCCAGGCAGGGGAGGGGCCGGCGCCACACACACAGACUCGGAGCUGGGAGAGGCCGCGAACCUACCCAGCCCCUACCCAGCCCCUCACACUGGGAGACGAAGCCUCUGCUGUGGGCUCGGACCCUGGAGGCCAAGGGGGGAACCCUGGGGACCAGGCGGGGGCCCCAGGGCAGGGGCAGCGACCACAGGCCCAGAGAGGUAGAUGCCUUCAUUCGGGAGGCUAGGCAGCGCCUGAGGAGGGACUGGUGGUCACAUCCCCCACCCCCUGGCCCGCGGUCCCCAUGCUGGCGCCGAGGCCACUCCUACUGCUGCUCCUCAUGGUCGGGCUGACCCUGGGGGCCAGCCUGCCGCCGGCACCCCGAAGCCAUCCAGGCGUGUGCCCCAACCAGCUCAGCCCCAGCCUGUGGGUGGACGCGAGCACCUGUGAGCGUGAGUGCGUCGGGGACCAGGACUGUGCGGCCCACGAGAAGUGCUGCGCCAACGUGUGCGGGCUGCAGAGCUGCGUGGCUGCGCGCUUCCCCGCCGCCGGCCCGGCCGCGCCCCCGCCGCCCGCCUCGUGCGAGGGCUUCCCCUGCCCUCAGCAGGGCUCCGCCUGCCACCUAUGGGACGGGCAGCCGGCGUGCCGCUGCCGCGACCGCUGCGAGAGGGAGCCCAGCUUCACCUGCGCCUCGGACGGCCUCACCUACUACAACCGCUGCUACAUGGACGCCGAGGCCUGCCGGCGCGGGCUGCGGCUGCACGUGGUGCCCUGCAAGCGCACGCGAGGCUGGCCACCUGAGCCGGGGCCGCCGGACCCCACGGCCCGCCCCACGCCCGGCCACGCGCCCAUGCCGCCCGCGCUCUACAGCAGCCCCGCGCCGCAGGCCGUGUUCGUGGGUGGCACCGCCAGCCUGCACUGCGAUGUCGGCGGCCGCCCGCCGCCCGCGGUGACCUGGGAGAAGCAGAGUGACCAGCGGGAGACCCUGAUCAUGCGGCCGGACCAGAUGUACGGCAAUGUGGUGGUCACUAGCAUCGGGCAGCUGGUGCUUUACAACGCGCGGCUGGAGGACGCGGGCCUCUACACCUGCACCGCCCGCAACGCCGCUGGCCUGCUACGCGCCGACUUCCCGCUGUCUGUGCUCCGGCGGGGCUCGGCUGGGGACGGGGACGAGGCGCGUGCCCCCGCCGGCCCCGCCGAGUGCCUGCCUGACCCACAGGCCUGCGGCAGCGCACCCUCCAGCCUCGUGCUCUGGCACUUCGACCCCCAGCGGGGUGGCUGCAUGACCUUCCCCGCCUGCAGCUGCGAGGGCGGCAGCCGGGGCUUCGAGAGCUACGAGGCGUGCCAGCAGGCCUGCGCCAAGGGCCCCGGCGACGCGUGUGUGCUGCCAGCCGUGCAGGGGCGUUGCCAGGGCUGGGAGCCGCGCUGGGCCUACAGCCCGCUGCUGCAGCAGUGCCACCCCUUCCUGUAUGGCGGCUGCGAGGGCAACGGCAACAACUUCGAGAGCCGCGCCAGCUGCGAGGACGCCUGCCCCGUGCCACGCACGCCGCCCUGCCGGGCCUGCCGCCUGCGGAGCAAGCUGGUGCUGAGCCUGUGCCGCAGUGACUUUGCCAUCGUGGGGCGGCUCACCGAGCUGCUGGAGGAGCCCGAGGCUGGGGGCGGCAGCAUUGCCCGCGUCGCCCUGGACGAGGUACUCAAGGACGACAAGAUGGGCCUCCGGUUCCUGGGCACCAGGUACCUGGAGGUGACACUGAGCGGCAUGGACUGGGCCUGCCCCUGCCCUAACGUGACGGCUGGCGACGGCCCGCUGGUCAUCAUGGGGGAGGUGCGAGACGGUGUGGCCGUGCUGGACGCCGGCAGCUAUGUCCGGGCCGCAAGCGAGAAGCGCGUCAAGAAGAUCUCGGAGCUGCUGGAGAAGAAUGCCUGCGAGCUGCUGAACCGCUUCCAGGACUGACCCCACCCACACUGCCCCCCCUCACCCCGGUCUGCCCACCCUGCCUUCCUGCCCCAUGGAAUAAAAGCCAGCGUUUC